AGCAACGUACAUAGUACUACUUAAGUAAUCGUUAUAGCAACGUAGUAUUACUUAAGUAAUCGUUGAUGUAAGAGUAAGAUAGCAACGUAGUAUUAGUUAAGUAAUCGUUGAUGUAAGAUAGCAACGUAGUAUUACUUAAGUAAUCGUUGAUUUAAGCUAGGUCGAGCAGAAGUCACAAGAAGAAAGAUUUUCUGAUACUCAGUAGAUCGGACUGAUUUAUUUUUUCCCUCGGGAUGAAUUCAAGAUGGUUCAGAAAUACUUCUACAAUACUAGUGAAUAAACAAAAUGCGGCCAAUGAUGACACCAGCGACUCCUUAUCUUCACCUUCGUGGUGUACCACGUUCGAUGGUUCUCGUACUGGUAGUUCUUAUGUCAGUACCUGUCAGCGCUGCUUUUUUUCGAGCGCCUCAACAGCCUGCGUGUCAAAGUUCUGACCUACAACAUGUGGAGCGCAGACAUGAAUGCUCUGAUGGACAUACACAAGAAUUUGGUCCUCAACUACCCGGAGAAAGCAUGCAUGGUGAGAACCUAUUUUUACAUUCAAAAACGGAAGUGAGUCACGAGGUCGCGCAGGAGACACUGGUGUCACCAGAAAUAGUUGCGCCUCAGAGUCGUGACAACCCAGUUGUGAACAAAAACCCAGGUCGAGUAUUCGUGCAAAAAAUAGUAAUGCUUGAUUAUGACGGCUGCGGAGACGUGUGUGGGUGGAACCUAGACCCGAAAUCAUCUAAAACAAUGGAAGGAAAGACGUGCGACGAUCAUGUAAGGAAUUUUCACACCGCUUAUAAUUAUGGCAAAAUUUUUUUUCUUGUAACAGAUACAGAUGAAGCGAGGUCAAACAUGUACAUUUCCUCAGGAUAAUUCAUAAUAGAUUGAUUUCUACAAGAGGGGUUACAACCUAUUGCAGAACUCUGAUUUCAAAAAUUUUGAUUCGAUAUCAUCAAGUACAACUCUGCUUCUAAGAUGAGGAUCAAGCUGAGCUUCUGGCAAAGAUACGUAGGAAAAUUGAGCAAGAAGAGCGUGUCGUGGGCAUGAUCGAAGACGUGGAUGACACUGUCGUCCUCGAAACCCCUGAAAGCCUUCAAAGCCUGAAAGCCUCCAAAGUCAGAAAGCCAGAGUCGGAAGAUGCAUUAAUUCUCCGGGAACUCGAACAGAUAAUCAGUCAGUUGAAACAAGAGGCCGCUUCCACACGUGCUGGGAGUACGAGAGGGAAAACCAAAACUGAGUCAAAAGUAUCACCACUUGCGAUCAAGUCAGCAGCACACGGACCAGACCCAGCACUGGGUGGUGAACUGGAGCAGAGCAUGACGACCGCGAAUGCCGUGAAGAUGCACGUAGGCACUACUUCUACAUCAAGAAGAUACGGAUGAUGUUUUUCGCAUCCGUCUGCUAGGCUGCCCCUUUUAUUUUGUGUCCUUGAUAAAACUGUAUAGCAUUGUUAAUGGGGGGCCUCGAUGGUCUGCCUGGAUGGGAAAAAAGAACAUUCAUAGAAGACCUCCACUGGUGCCGAGCCAAGGUUCGCAGCCUCCUGGUUCGCACCAGAGCAAAAUCCCGUGUCGUGAGGAAGAUGCGGCCCGCCACUUGCGAAGGUUUUUUCAAUCUGGAUGUAUUACUUGUUGUAGUGACGGCUCUAAACG